AUGGCUCUGUCGGUUCAUGUGAGAACAGUCGCCCAUCUUCGCGGGAAAGGGGACCGGAUCGCCAAAGUUACAUUCCGAGGUCUUUCCUUCUACAGCCGUAUAGUGGAGAACUGUGAGGAUGUGGCCCACUUCAAUGAGACUUUCCGAUGGCCCAUUGGCAGCAAGCUGGAUGAAAAUGAAAUGCUGGAGAUCCAAGUGUACAACUACAGCAAAGUCUUUACCAACAGGCUGGUGGGAACCUUCCGGAUGGUUCUUCAGAAGGUGGCAGAGGAAGGACACCUGGAGGUGACCGACACACUUAUCGAUGACAACAACACCUCAAUAAAGACUAGUGUGUCCAUCGAGAUUAGAUACCAGCCGAUGGACGGCACCAUCCGGGUAUGGAGUGACGGGGAGUUCCUGGAUGUCCCGGAUGAUCAGGAUGGGACUUUUGCCUUUGAGACGGACAGCUUACUGUCAGGACAGAGUCACGGGACGGGCAUAUCCCCUGGACGAUCUCUACAGGGAUCCAUACCUACCUUCAGAAAAGCCGGGAAGGGAGUAUUCUCAGCCAUGAAGCUCGGCAAGAUCAAGGGCUCUAAAGACGACCACAAGAGAGGAGAUGAGCCGGCGGUCCUCGACAUGGAGGACCUAGACAGGAAGGCAAUACGUCUGGCUGCAACCUUGGACCCGGACACCAUCUCACUGGCCUCUGUCACCGCCGUCACCACCAAUGUCUCCAAUAAGAGAUCAAAACCAGAUAUCAAAAUGGAACCUAGCUCUGGGAGACAAGUGGAUUACCAAAUUAGCAUCACAAUUAUAGAGGCCAGGCAGCUGGUGGGCCUCAACAUGGACCCAGUGGUGUGUGUAGAGAUUGGGGAUGACAAGAAGUACACAUCCAUGAAGGAGUCAACCAACUGUCCAUACUACAAUGAGUAUUUUGUAUUUGACUUCCACGUUCCACCAGAUGUAAUGUUUGACAAGAUCAUCAAGCUCUCGGUUAUUCACUCCAAAAACCUUCUGCGGAGUGGAACCUUGGUUGGGACCUUCAAACUGGAUGUUGGGACUGUUUACUCUCAGCCAGAGCACCAGUUCUAUCACAAGUGGGCGAUCCUGUCUGAUCCGGAUGACAUCACAGCAGGCUGCAAGGGAUAUAUCAAGUGUGACAUUGCCGUGGUUGGAAAAGGUGACAACAUUAAGACGCCACACAAGGCCAACGAGACUGAUGAAGAUGACAUAGAAGGGAACCUCCUGCUCCCAGAAGGAGUCCCACCAGAGAGACAGUGGGCCCGGUUCUAUGUGAAGAUCUACCGUGCACAAGGACUUCCUAAGAUGAACACAAGCCUCAUGGCAAAUGUGAAGAAGGCUUUUAUAGGAGAGAACAGGGACCUGGUGGACCCCUAUGUUCAAGUGCAGUUUGCUGGACAGAAAGGGAAGACGUCGGUCCAGAAGAGCAGUUAUGAGCCCAUCUGGAACGAGCAGAUCGUCUUCACUGAGAUGUUCCCUCCACUUUGCAAACGCAUGAAAGUCCAGAUAAGAGAUUCUGAUAAGGUCAAUGACGUUGCCAUAGGAACCCACUUCAUUGACCUCCGCAAGAUAUCCAAUGAGGGUGACAAAGGCUUCCUGCCUACCCUGGGACCAGCCUGGGUCAACAUGUAUGGUUCCACUCGCCAAUACACUCUGAUGGACGAGCACCAGGACCUCAAUGAUGGAUUGGGAGAGGGUGUGUCCUUCAGGGCCCGUCUACUGGUCUCUGUGGCAGUGGAGAUCCUGGACACCAACUCCAGUGAGAUCAUGAGCUCCACAGAGGUGCAGGUGGAGCCUGUCUCCAAUAUCUCAGAGAGUGCCACAGGGAAAAUAGAAGAGUUUUUCCUGUUUGGGUCCUUCUUGGAGGCCACCAUGAUCGACAGAAAGAUUGGUGACAAACCAAUCAACUUCGAGGUUACAAUAGGUAACUAUGGCAACCAGAUAGACGGGGUGAGUAAGCCUUUGUCCGCAAAGAAGAAGAAGAAAGAUGAGGAGAAUGAGGAGGAGGAGUCUGAGCUCAUCCAGAACUCCAGUGAGGACGAGGCGGACGAAGAUGCGGAUCUGGCCUCCGUCUCCUCUACUCCUCUCAUGAAACCCUUCAUCACUGACAGGAAUUACUUUCACCUGCCCUACUUUGAGAAGAAGCCAUGCAUUUAUAUCAAGAGCUGGUGGCAAGACCAGAGAAGACGGCUCUACAACUCCAACAUAAUGGACAAGAUAGCUGACAAGCUGGAAGAAGGUGUGAAUGAUGUUCAGGAGGUCAUUAAAACGGAGAAGGCCUACCCUGAACGCAGACUCAGGGGUGUGCUGGAGGAGCUCAGCACCGGCUGCAGUCGUUUUGUGGCUCUGGCUAACAAGGAUGUCAACCAGGCAGGCAGAACCAGACUGGACCGCGAGAGGCUCAAGUCCUGCAUGCGAGAAAUGGAAAACAUGGGUCAGCAAGCCAGGCAGAUUCGCACCCAAGUAAAGAAGAACACAGUCCGAGACAAGCUGAAGCUCGUGCAAAAUUUCCUGCAGAGGCUUCGUUUCCUUGCUGAUGAGCCUCAGCACAGCAUCCCCGACAUCUUCAUCUGGAUGAUGAGCAACAACAAGCGCAUCGCUUAUGCUCGUAUUCCCUCCAAAGACAUCCUGUACUCCAUCGUGGAUGAGGAGACGGGCAAAGACUGUGGAAAGGUCAAAGCUGUCUUCCUCAGGCUGCCGGGAAAGAAGGGGUUUGGCCCAGCAGGCUGGACGGUGCAGGCUAAGCUGGAGUUGUAUCUGUGGCUAGGCCUUAACAAACAGAGGAAGGACUUCCUCAGUGGUCUGCCUAAUGGCUUUGAAGAGGUCAAAGCUGCUAGAACAGGUCCCGGUCUCCAGUCUGUCCCACCGAUCAGCCUUGUCUACAACAUGAAACAGGUAUUCCAGCUGAGAGCACACAUGUACCAGGCCCGCAGCUUGUUCGCUGCUGACAGCAGUGGGCUCUCAGACCCCUUCGCCAGGGUCUUCUUCUCCACACACAGCCAGGUCACCGAGGUUCUGAGUGAGACUCUGUGUCCGACAUGGGACCAGCUUCUGGUGUUUGAUGAUGUGGAACUGUACGGCGAGGCCAUCGAGCUGAGAGAUGACCCUCCCAUCAUCGUAGUUGAAAUCUAUGACCAGGACACCGUGGGCAAGGCAGAGUUCAUAGGUCGGACAUUUGCUAAGCCCAUCACCAAGAUGUGUGAUGAACACUACGGCCCCCCGAGGUUUCCCCCGCAGCUUGAGUACUACCAGAUUUACAGAGGCAACUGCACUGCUGGAGACCUGCUGGCUGCCUUCGAACUGCUACAGAUUGGUCAAGGAGGGAGGGCAGACCUUCCCCCAAUCGAAGGGCCGACAGAUUCAGAGCAUGGACCCAUUCUCCCUGUGCCCCUGGGCAUCCGGCCAGUCCUGAGUCGUUACCGAAUAGAGGUGUUGUUUUGGGGCCUGAGGGAUCUAAAGAGGGUUAAUUUGGCCCAGGUAGACAAACCCCGUGUGGACAUAGAGUGUGCCGGCAGAGGGGUACAAUCUGCCCUCAUCCAGAACUACAAGAAAAACCCAAACUUCAGCACCCUGGUGAAGUGGUUUGAGGUGGACCUGCCAGAGAAUGAGCUUCUCCAUCCUCCUCUUAACAUUCGGGUGGUAGACUGCAGGGCGUUUGGCCGCUACACCCUGGUGGGAUCCCAUGCUGUCACCAGCCUGAGGCGUUUUAUCUACAGCCCUCCAGACAAGAAGUCCAACAACUGGGCCAGCACAGGUGACAUCAUAGUCAACAUGGACGCUGAGCCUUCAGUCAGAAAAAUGGACACCGUGGUCAAGUUAGAUGCUACAUCUGAUGCAGUUGUAAAAGUUGACAUGGAGGACGGUGAGAGGGAAAAAAAGAAGAAGAAGAAGAAAAAGAAGGGAGAGGUGGAGGAAGAGGAGGACACAGAUGAGAGCAUGCUGGACUGGUGGUCCAAAUACUUUGCUUCAAUAGAAACACUGAAGGAGAUCUUGAAAGCACAGGAGGCGGCGCAGGCCGAGGCGGAGGAGAGGGAGGACCUGGAGAUCGCGGCAGAGGCAGCAGAUAUCAAACCCGAUGACCUUCCUAUGAAAGGCUUGAAGACUAAAGAGAAGAGCAAGGACAAGAAGAGCUCCAAGGACAAGAAGAGGGGCCACGCCGGAGACGGGUCUGAGAAACGACCAAAUAAACCUAAAGUGGAUGAGCUUGUGGUGUACAACAAGGAGCUGGAGAGUGAGUAUGGUAACUUUGAGGACUGGCUCCAUACCUUCAACCUGUACCGAGGGAAGGCGGGGGAUGAUGAUGAUCAUGCCCUGGAUGACGACAGAAUCGUUGGUAGAUUUAAGGGGUCAUUGUGCAUGUACAAGCUACCCCUGUCUGAGGAAAUCACACGGGAGGCGGGCUUUGAUCCUAACAUGGGAAUGUUCCAGAGCAUUCCACACAACGACCCAAUCAACGUCCUAGUCCGUGUCUACGUGGUCAGGGCAACAGACCUUCACCCUGCUGAUAUCAAUGGGAAGGCAGAUCCCUAUAUCAUCAUCAAAUUGGGCAAGUCAGAUGUCAGAGACAAAGAGAACUACAUCUCCAAACAGCUCAAUCCUGUGUUUGGCAAGUCAUUUGACAUUGAGGCUACUUUCCCCAUGGAGUCCAUGCUCACGGUGUCAGUGUAUGAUUGGGACCUGGUGGGCACUGAUGACCUGAUAGGAGAGACAAAGAUUGACCUUGAGAACCGCUUCUACAGCAAGUACAGAGCCACUUGUGGCAUCGCCUCCACCUACUCUGUCCAUGGAUAUAAUGUCUGGCAUGACCCCAUGAAGCCCAGCCAGAUCCUCGCUAAGCUUUGUAAGGAGGGCAAGCUGGACGGACCUCAUUACGGGCCUGGGGGCAAGGUGAAGGUAGCAAACCGCAUCUUCCUCGGAUCUACAGAGAUCGAAGAUGAAAAUGGUCUGAAGAAGCAGACAGAGGAGCAUCUUGCUGUGACGGUGCUGAAGCAUUGGGAGGAGAUCCCCAGAGUGGGCUGUCAGCUCAUUCCUGAACAUGUGGAGACGAGACCCCUGCUCCACCCUGACAAACCUGGUAUUGAACAGGGCCGUAUUGAAAUGUGGGUGGACAUGUUUCCCAUGGACAUGCCUGCUCCUGGACCUGCCAUCGACAUAUCACCACGAAAACCAAAGAGAUAUGAGCUCAGGGUGAUUAUUUGGAAUACAGACGAAGUAAUACUGGAGGACGAUGAUUACUUCACUGGGGAAAAGUCCAGUGACAUAUUUGUCAGGGGGUGGCUAAAGGGACAGCAGGAGGACAAGCAGGACACGGACGUUCACUACCACUCCCUGACCGGCGAGGGCAACUUCAACUGGCGCUUCGUCUUCCCCUUUGACUACCUCAUGGCCGAGGAGAAGAUCGUCAUCUCCAAGAAAGAGUCCAUGUUUUCCUGGGACGAAACAGAGUACAAGAUUCCCGCUCGGCUCACAAUGCAGGUCUGGGACGCUGACCACUUCUCUGCCGACGACUUCCUGGGUGCAAUUGAACUGGACCUGAACCGGUUUCCUCGCGGUGCGAAAACAGCUAAGCAGUGUUCCAUUGGCAUGGUCAGGAAUGAGCAGGACCUGCCGACCAUUUCCAUCUUCAAGCAGAAGAGGGUCAAGGGCUGGUGGCCUUUUGUGGCCCGUGACGAAAACGAUGAGAUGGAGCUCACGGGUAAAGUAGAAGCUGAGCUUCAUCUGAUGACAGCAGAAGAGGCAGAGAAAAGUCCUGUAGGACUGGGACGCAAUGAGCCAGAUCCACUGGAGAAACCUAAUCGUCCAGACACCAGCCUCAUGUGGUUUCUGAGCCCUCUGAAGUCCAUUCGUUACUUCAUCUGGCACAACUACCGCUGGCUGAUCCUCAAGGCCCUGGGCCUGCUGCUGCUGCUGCUUAUGCUGGGCCUCUUCCUCUACUCAAUCCCCGGCUAUCUGGUCAAGAAGAUGCUGGGGGCCUGA